GUGGUUUCAUGGGCCCCCUCGGCCCCCUCGCUCGUGUCUGAUCCCUACCAUACAUUCGCGGUACCUUUCGCCGUUGCCUCUCGCCGUAUCCAUACCACCACGCACCACACCACGCGCGGCGCGAAUCUAUCUGCCUAUCCUGCCCACCAUGGGCCACGCCUGGCUUGACUCGCUCUCCGAGGACUGGGUGUCCCAGCCCGCUUCUGAUGCCUCGCAGGAGCAGGAGCAUGAGCGAUCUCCCAGCCUCUCCAGUUCCCGGGCGAACCUGAGCCACAGAAGCGCGCGCGAGCCCCUUAGUCGCAUACCCAGAUUCAAUCCGAGUCCGGGGAAUAACGUCGCCAGAAAGCUGCAGCUAUCCGCGCGCAACUCUGCCCACAAUACCAGCGCCAUCACCACCGCAACAUCCCCCGCGCCAACGACGGCACCGCCGCCGUUAGCAUCCUCAUCGCCCGCCGGCGCUUUGAACGAGCGCAGCCUUAACGAUAUUAACAUCCAAGGAGCGCAGCAGCGCGGCCCCGCAAAACCUCCGAGGGAGAACAGGUUCCUACAGCGGGGACGCUACCUGAGCCGAUCUGCGUCGUCGGCCUCUACUGUCGCAUCCGUCCUCCACGACACCGUCCAGCACAACAAGGCCCCGAGCAGCUCGCCCUCCAAGGCUCGAGAACACGUGCCCGAGUGGAAGAGGCGCCUCGUCUACGGCGAGUUGAAUUAUGGAGAGUCGAAGGACCUGUUUAGCUCCGCAGGCACCGGUCUCGAAAACAUCUUUCGGCCCCCGAUGGCUCAGGAAUCCACCGCCGACGACACCGUCGACCACGAGGAGGUCACCGCCAACGACUCCACCCUCCCGUCGAGCCCUCCUCCUUAUUCGCGCCCCGUGCAUCGUGAGAGCGAGCGCGACGAAAACCCCCCGGACCAGCCUGCCAGUAAAUUCCAGCUGCGACGACGUACUUACCCAUCUUCCUCGAAGCAAGCGACAUUCCGCAGGACGAAAAGCGACCCCCAGGAGCCGAGUCGGAGAGAGCAGCCGCAGCCGCGACAAAUGUCCGACGGACCCCGCGAAGGCCGCGCGAGGGCCGCGAAUUCAGAGUCUAGCGAGAAGAAGGAACCCGCCGUUGCCUCCGCCCAUUCUUAUCUCGGCGAUCACCUCGAGGCGCCGUCGCGCAAGGUUAGCGGACAGAGCGACGCCCGGAAUGAGGGGUUGAGCCCUAUUCUAUUAUCGUGCCGCGACUCUGGCGACGGCAAGAUGAGCUUCGCGCCGGUCGAGCUUCCGGCCGAGCAGCUGCGCAAGCGUCUCGAGAAGCUGCGACGAAACCAACUGUUGUUAGAUUACGAGUUUGAUAGCUACCUAGAGCAGGAAUCGGCCGGCGCAGCGGAGGGACCCCGCGCGGCCGACAGCACGGACGAAUUCGCGAAGAACAGUGGAUUUCUCAACGUUCAGCGCGGGGGCCGCUCGCGGGAGGGGUCUUUUCGCCAACGUCCUCUAAGCCCCCCGCCGCCACCCAACGACAUGUCGGAGAUGCUUCCCGAGUCGUCGCUCCAGGCCAGCACCCCGAAACAAUUCCCGACCGUUCGGAUCGACCGCGUCGCAUCUGCUGACAGGAAAUCUACUCCAGGGUCCUCGGCUAGCCCUGCCGUGCCGCGCGCCCCGUAUCCCAGUCCCGCGAAACCGCUGCAGCCGCUUCAACCGCUUCGGCCCUCACAACCACCCUCGGGCCAGAGCGGGAGUCCUCUGAAGCUAUUCGGCCCGUACGACACGUUCACCAACCAAACGCUCCUCCGGCGCAUAAGCCAAUUUGAGGACCAGAUGACGGAUAGUCCCUCGCGUUCGAUGGCUGGCGACGCCUCCCCCCUACCGACCCAGGGAUUGCCUACAAAGGCCGGCGCGAACAAGGCGCCGGCGACGGGAUCGAGCCCCAGGAAAACCUUCCCCCCCAACGGCGACGACACCCUCAGCUUCGGAGCGGGAGAGCUCGAUGGUUACGAAUUCAACGAAGAUAUUACCCUAACCUCGUGCGACCAAUCGCAGUGUACGGAUAAGGAGAACGUGGCUCCCGCGGAUGACUCAAUUCCGCUGAGCCGUCUUAGAUUUCAGAUAGAUCAAGACCUAUCGCGCGAGGGCUCACCCCUCGUCGUACAACGUCGCCGUCAUCGUCCGCCGAGCAGUUUCCUCUCUCCCCGGCGCGGCAUUGGCUUGUCCAGGCCCUCUGGCAGUUUCAAGGCUCCGCACUUUUUGCACCUGAACCCCCGCGGCAACCAGGCAACGCCGCGGAGGGAUGGCUCUGAAGGCAAGCGGCCGCGGACCUCGCCGUCCAAGGAUCCCACGCCGAAGAGAAGGCGGACACUUCACCGAUCCGAUAUCGCCUACGGCUUGGAAGACACACCUGCGGCGGCGCACUCCAUGCGAUCUUCGCGUGAAAGCAUACAAUCCAUUAUGAGCCAGAUGCAGCAGGAAAGCUACCAGGAUGAAUGGUAUCAAGCGCCGCGCCAUAGCCUGCUAGCUACUCGUCAGAUUCUCCGACCGCGAUCACCAACCCCUGGUCAGAGAUCGUCAGCGGCACGCGAUCGACAACUAUCCGCCAAUGUCGGCGUCGAUACGGUUUAUCAAAAUGGCAUAUCCGAGCCCGCGCAGGAACCUGAAACGUUCAUUCGGGAUUUCCCAAAUGAUGGGUCGGGAAGGACAUCGAUGAAAACGCAGGAUUUUUUCGACGCUGCCGAGGAAAUCAUGGCGAUGAUUCGAAGUAAAGCUCGCCCUAGGAACGACCUUAGUAGCGUUCAAGAAUCCGAGGCCGAGACCACUGAGAAGCGUAGUUCAGCGGCGCCCGCGGGAGAUGAAAGCUCACUCCAGGACUCGACGAAAGAGCCAUUUUCACGGCCACCGAGCCGAGACGGCCCCCCUCUUGCUAGAGUACCAACUCACCAGGCGGACCCGGACCUUUUGAGCCGACUUAAGAAGUACGAAGAGCGGAGCGAUCUAAGCGAAAUCAUUACGAACUCGAUGCAGUCGAUGGGACGAAUAAGAAAGGCUAUCAACGAGGCUAACAGCCUUACUGAGUCUCUCCAGCAAAGCGUCCUCUCUCAAAAGUCUUGGCACGGUAUCGCCGAUAACCAGGGCAUGGUAAGCGAUCUACCUAAUAUCAGGAUCUCGCGCAACCCAAACCCCGGCGGAAAUGAGGCUGGGCUCCCUUGGAACGGAGUGCGAUCGGUCGGGCUCUCGACGGCGCAUUCGGUCCCCACUAGCUCUUCGCAAAGAUCAGGCUCCGGGGGGUUCAUCGUCCCAGACGCGGUAUCACAACUCAUUGGCGACCAGGUGGGCAACAUGGUGUUUGAUAAAGCACACAACAUAUGGCGUAAACUGAAAAAACCAAAGUCCACGCCUGACGAUAAAAAUAUCCUUCCGUCCGAGGACAGCGAGGAUCCGUUCGCUAGUAUCCCGGAUCUCUCUGUUGAUAUGACCAGGGAGACACAACACCUUGGCAAGACCCCAAAGGAGGACCAAGAAGGUGUUGAGCAACUGCCACGGGAGGCGACACCAUCGGGAUCUUCUGCCGAUUCGUCUACCGUGACACAGGAGUCCUUCGCUGCUCGGAGCUCGACAAGCCAUACCAAAGAGACGCUGAAGAGAGCUGAGCGGACCGUUGAAAUAGCGGUAGAGGAUGAUAGAGAGAUAGAACACGAGAUCACGAUCCACGAAGACCGACUGCAAAAAUCGAACCCCUCGCGAAAGAGGAACCUCACGAUCUCAUUUUCUUCUCCAAUCGCCUCCGUCAUACAAGAUGUCUCUCACCAUCAAUCAGACGAUGACCACACUGGCCAGAUAUCAGAUACCACCGAUCAGUCAGUCGAAAAUAUGUCCCCCGAGCCGCUCAAGCUUGGGCGAAACCCCAAAUCGGCAAAGCCAUCCAGCAGCUCGGGCGCCGGGCCUGGAUCUCGGAGCCGCUCGCAGGGGCUCCCACGGAACGUGUCGGCCAAGGCGCAGCAUGAAUUCGUCCCCAGGCCGGUCUCGCGGAUCGACGAGCAGGACGAGGACGAGACCAAAGAGAAUUCUGCAUCUGAAGACCGUCAAAUCAGUGUUCGCGGAGACUCGAGCUUGUCUUACGCGGAAGCCGGCGACGAUCGAAACACGAGCCUAAGCGUUGUUGUAACACCUACGUCGGCAAAGAAUGCCCCGGUCUCGGCAACGCCAAUUAUCGGGCAGUACGUCGGUACGUUGUCGUUAAGCCAUCUCUCUGAAUUCACCAUGAAUCAGGCGGAUCAAUCCUGCGGCCUUGAGGUUAGCUAUGUUGUAGGGGACCGAUACCUCGCCACCGGAGACGGCUCCAAGAAGAUCAUGUCCAAAGCCAUUCAAUGCCUCGUCGAGAAAAUCACCGAAAUUGAGCCUUUCGAGCCCGACUGGGAGUCUAUGCGCGAGCUGGAUAUCAGUGGCAAGCAGUUAAGGACGCUACACAUGCUGGACGAGUUCUGCACGAGCGUUAUCACUCUUGAUGCCUCUAAUAACGUGAUCGAGCACCUAGACGGUAUUCCUGAGAGCGUCCGAAACCUGAGAGUGACACACAAUCACCUCUCGGAGUUGACGGCCUGGGGACACCUGAUGAACCUACAAUAUGUGGACGUCUCUAAUAAUCAGAUUAUUAGUCUACACGCUUUCAAAGAUCUAGUCCACCUAAGGAGCCUCCGAGCCGACAACAACCUAAUCACGAGUCUGGAUGGUAUUAAACUGCACGAUAGCUUGCAGGUUCUUCGCGCGAGGGGCAACCUCUUCAGCGAAGUAGACCUCGACGGCACGAAGCUGCAGCGCCUAGCGGAGCUGGACCUGGAGAACAACCAGAUCACCACGGUCAGGGGCAUCGAGCAGCUCUCGUCCCUCGUCAACCUGAACCUGCAGCACAACCGCCUCUCGUACUUCACCCUAAGCUCGAAUGCUUCAGCCUCCAAUUUGAAAUACCUGGCAGUCUCGGGCAACAACCUCGCGUCCCUCGACCUGGCGCCGUUCCCCUCGCUCCGCCUGCUACACGCGGAUCGCAACCGGCUGACGACUAUCAAGGGUUUCUCGCGGUGCCGACGGCUCGACAGCCUGUCGCUCCGGGAGCAGCGGUCCGGCGGGCAGCCGCUAGACACGUCGUUCCUCGACGCGGCGUACGAGAUCCGGAAGCUUUUCCUGUCGGGUAACCUGCUGGCGGGCCCGGGGUUCAACCCGGCGGUCGACUUCCUCAACCUGCAGUACCUCGAGCUCGCAAACUGCGGGCUGCGACGGCUUCCCCCCGGACUUGGGCAGCUCGUGCCGAACCUGCGGGCGCUCAACCUCAACAUGAACGCGAUCGAUGACCUGUCAGCACUGCGCUACAUCCCACGCCUUAAGAAGCUACUCGCGGCGGGCAACCGGCUCGCCGACGCGGGGCAGGUCGCCGACGUGCUCGCCGGGUUCCCACAUCUGUCGCGGCUUGACUUCCGCGACAAUCCGGCGACUCUCGGGUUCUAUGCACCCAUACAGACACUCGUGCCGGUUGACUACAGCGACGAUGACGGCGCCGGCCACUUUCGGGACAGCCGAAGCAGUCGCGGUAGCGGCAGCGGUAGGGGUAGCCGGGGCAGCGGUGUCGGCAGGAGCGAAAGGAACAGUAGCGGGGACAGGAGCUUCGACCCAUUUGUGCUUCCGGACGCGGACCCGGAGCGGGACGGCAAGUUCACAAGCCGGUCGGAUAUGGGGACGCGGAUGCGGCGGCGCUUCUACGAGAUGGUGGUGCUGGACAGGUGCCGGCGGCUGCGGACGCUAGACGGGCUACCGGUCGUCGGUGACGGAGGCAGUACGGGUCGCGGCGGCAGCAGAGACAAGGUGUGGCGGGCGCUCGUACGGAACGGCGUGAUCGAAGUCGGACGAGGGGUGGGAGAGGAAGAGGAGGAGGAGGGAGAUGGAGGAGGGCAAGAAGAAUUGGAUGACAGGAGGAAGAGCAGGAAUCGGAGGAACAAGAGCAAGAGCAAGAGCAAGAGCAAGAGCAGGAGUCGGGGAAGACAGGUGCGGGGGGACGAGAGCGACGCGUCCUCACGAUAGGGGCGCGAAGAUAGCUUUGCUUGAGACUCUUCUCUGCCAAGCGCCCCCAUCCGUUUGGGUUUCCCACACGUACGUGACUUUUUGCUACAGGAGAAAGAAAAAAAAGAGAAGGAAAGGUGGUCAGGUGUA